AUGGAUCAUUGGAGAAAGCCUUCUCUCCUCUUCGAGCUCUCCUCGACGACUAAGAGGAAGGCGCUCUCCGGCCUCGGCGUUGGUGUGGGCGCCUCUCUCCUCAUCCUCUCCCUCGUGCUCUACGUCGACGCUCCUACUUCUUCUUCUGCUGCUGCGCUCUUCUCCUGGUUUUCCUCUGCUCGUUCUGAUGCAGAGCCAUCAAAAGUCGCAUCUUUUUCGCUGGGGAAGGAAGGAGCAGCGGUUUCAGAAUCAGACAAGGCCGGUGUCGGGAAUUCCUCAAAUAGUUCUUCUCCCGCAACCGAUCGGUUUGAUGUAUACAAGGCGCAUUCGGGUACUCUGGAGAGAACGCAGGAUAAUGCUACUAACAAUGAUACUUGGGCGGGUGUCGGUUGGAAACCGCUCCACGAAAAGGAUGGAAUUGGAAGUUCCGCACAAAAAAUAGCGUCGACGGGGAAAUCCAGUGCAGGGAACUCAUCUCGGAACGACACCGUUGGAAAGACCGGCCAGUGGGAAAGAACAGCUGACAAUGAGGAUGAAGUAAAAAGGACUCCUGGAAAUGAGCAUGGAUUUGGGGAUAAGCAGCAACGCCAUCAGAGUACCCAACUUGAUAGACCUGGGAGAAAUUCAAGCCACGGCGGCGAUGAAGCAGUGGAGCUUGGCGAGAGGACUGAGGUGGGUUCUAAGCAAAUUGGAGGGCUGUCUAAAAAAUGUGAUAUAUUUCGCGGAAGGUGGGUGACGGAUGACAAUUACUUUCCCUACUAUCCUGCCGGCUCCUGCCCUUACUUGGAUGAUGAUUUCAACUGCUAUAAGAAUGGGAGGCCGGACGGCGAGUUCUUGAAAUGGAGAUGGCAACCGUAUGGCUGCAACAUCCCUAGAUUAAAUGCAACAGAUUUUUUGGGGAGAAUGAGAGGCAAGAGGAUCAUUUUUGUGGGCGAUUCACUGAAUCGAAAUAUGUGGGAGUCUUUGGUGUGUAUUCUUCGUCACAGUGUUAGCAAUAAGAAAAGGGUUUUUGAGGUCAUGGGAAGAAAGAAGUUCAAAACAAAAGGCUAUUAUUCCUUCAGAUUCGAGGACUAUAAGUGCUCUGUUGAUUUUGUACGAUCACCAUUUCUGGUUAGAGAGUUAUAUUACACGAAUGCAAAUGGGUCGCUAGACGAGAAGCUGAGAUUGGAUGUGUUGGAUGAAACAACUUCAGUAUACCGUAAAGCUGACGUUAUUGUUUUCAAUACAGGCCACUGGUGGACUCACGAGAAAACAUCAAGCGGGAUAUACUACUAUCAGGAAGGAAAUUAUGUGCACCCUGUUCUCAAGGUCAUGGAAGCCUACAAGAAGGCUCUCACUACAUGGGCUAGAUGGAUUGACAAGAACAUAAAUGCGAGGAGAACUCAAGUUGUAUUCAGAGGAUAUUCUCUUACCCACUUCAGGGGCGGGCAAUGGAACUCAGGAGGACAAUGCCAUAAGGAAACCGAGCCAAUCUUCAACCAAUCAUACCUUGUUCAUUACCCUUCAAAGAUGAGAGCGUUGGAGCAAAUUCUAAAACAAAUGAAAACCCCAGUAAUAUACCUCAAUAUCAGCAGGCUUACAGACUAUAGGAAGGAUGGACACCCUUCCAUAUAUAGAAUGAAAUAUAACACAGUACAAGACCUGAUUUGGGCUGAGAAGUCCCAAGACUGCAGCCACUGGUGCUUGCCAGGCGUACCUGAUUCAUGGAAUGAGCUCCUCUACGCUUCUCUGCUAAGAGCUGGAAAAGGGUCGUGGAGAAUAUCGAGCUAGCGAUGUCAAUCUUCCUACUUUGAGCCAAUGAAAUGACCUUGUGAUGCUUGCUUUGUAGUAUUUUAGGUCACUAGGCACGGCACAAAUUGUAACUUUUUGCUUCGAGGUCAAAGGUUCUCCCUGUUGUAAUUCUUGUAGGUUAGUAGCACGACAAAAUUUUAAGACGUGUAAUAUUUGACUCCUCUUUUGCUCUGAGAAGUGAUUAUUAUGUUCUUCUGUAGAUUGCUAC